UUUCCUUUUUCCGUCCCUUACUUGCUAUACUGAAGCAUUCCUCACUCUUCUUUUGAGGAUCUGUUUUUUUAUUUUUAUUUGGCACAGUGAAGCGAACUACGGAAGAAACACAGCAAGACGGGAUCUUUGACGCAAGCGAUAAAAGGAUUAAAAGUACAUUAUCGAGCUUGCUGGUGCAAAAAGAGCGACGGUUUUUUUUUUUCUGAUUGUUCGAAACGGCUAUUUUUUCUCUCUUAGUGGACGACAUGAGCAGCGGAUCGGAUAGUGAAUACGCAAAGUACUGGAUUGACUGGUUCUUGGGGAUCAAAGGCAACGAAUACUUUUGCGAAGUCGACGAAGAGUAUAUCUUGGAUCGUUUCAACUUGACAGGCUUAAACAGCGAAGUUCAACAAUACUACGCAGAAGCAUUGGAUAUGAUUACCGAUAACCUGGAUGAGGAAAGCUUUGAUGAUCGUGUACGAGAGCAGAUUGAAAAAGCGGCUCGUCAUCUUUACGGAUUAAUACACGCACGAUUUAUCAUCACCACUCGAGGAUUGGCCAAAAUGUUGGAAAAGUUUAGAAAGGCCGAAUUCGGACGGUGUCCACGCGUAUUAUGCAAUCUGCAGCCAUUAUUACCUGUAGGUCUGUCCGACAUACCAAUGACCAAAAGCGUGAAACUGUACUGUCCACGCUGUGAGGAUAUCUAUAACCCCAAAUCAUCACGACACGCCGCCAUCGAUGGUGCUUAUUUCGGUACCUCCAUGCCGCACAUGCUGUUCCAAGUUCAUCCUUCCUAUCUUCCCAGCAAAAGCAUGGAACGUUAUGUCCCGCGCAUUUUUGGAUUCAAAGUACACGAGAUUGCCGAACAGCACAGAUGGCAAAAUCAAGCUCGUUUACAGUACGAAGAGAAGCUCAAGCAGGAAAGCCAAAAGGAGAAAGAAUCCAAGGCCCAGGCAGGCAACUCGACCAUGAAUGGCGUCGAACCCACCGUAUGAUUCGCCCUUUGACUAACUAAUUUCCACCAGUAAAGGGACGCCUCCAUGUUUCUCUCUCUAAAAAGUUGUCUUUUUGUCUUCUUCUUCUUCUUAUUUCUUUCUUUUAUGUCCUGUCUUUCUGUUUGUUUUCCAUCUCCUUUUUAUUGUAUUCUACAUAUACGGAACCAUGAUUUUUUUUGUCACAUUGCGCGUCAUUUUUUUUUAUCUCGUUACCAAAAAAGGCAAUUAUGAUUUUCAUUGAGCGCUUUUCCGAAAAGAAAACCCCAUUCCACACAUACGCUCGCACGGAACAAGUCCAACAGAAAAAGAAAAAAAUACAGUGUAG